GAAAACUAUGAGCAUUUUUAAUGUACUGUAAUGUACGGCUUUUUACAGUAUCUUUUUUGUACCCUUUGAUAUGCCUAUUGGUUUUGAUCUGGAAAUAGUGGACUUAAAGCCUCUCAUUGCGAUUUGCUUCUGUCAAUUCCAAUUUAUGUAUUCUUCAUUUAUUGCGUUCGAGAGAACGCAGUUCUAGUCGGGUAAUGGAGAAAAAAGAAAUCGACUUUCUUUGUAUGUAUCUUGCUAUGUGUCUUUCUUUCCCCUCAAAAAUUCGUCAGGGACGAAUGACGUCAUCUCCAUGUAAACAAAAUAAUUGUCCUAGUUUUGAUAAUAAAAGCACGUCGUCUCGCAUACCGACGGAACAGGCAACGUUUGUGUCGAUUCACACGGUCCAGAAUCGUAGGGUUCCGGUCAGUGUAAAACAUUGACCAAUAUUCGAACGCACUCUUUAAUCUACAAUUACUACUAGUUAUUUGUUUACCCAGGUACAUCCAAAAUAGACGACCUUACCAGUCUUGACCCAAAACUUCCAGGAUAACGUCAUCUCGCCAGAUAUCACUAAGGGUGGUAAAUCGUAAAUGCGAGACGUUGUGAGAUGGCGAGACUAGCGUUUUUCUUUGCGAAUCCGAGACAUUUGGACUUCUUCUAUUGUUAGGCCGAGACUCAAAGUGUUUUUAAUGCGAGCUCGAGACGUUCAGGUUCUAAGACGUCAGUUGAGGCUCCAUUUAUAAAUUAAAAAACAAACAAACAAACAAACAAAAAAACAAGCACGUUGGUACGUCGUGUCUGUCUUAGCCGUGCAAAAAAUGAGACUACGAAACAGCUUUGCGAAAAAGUCGAGACUGUGAGACCAGUGAAAUUCGACGAAAAUUGGUUUUUCGUCAAAAAAUGAUUUCUGAAGGACCAUUCGUCACCCUUAUCACUCCCAACACCGAAGCCACGACAGUCUUCACGUUUGAGCACUAUAUCCAUCUAGGACACAUACGUACAUUUUUAACAUCAUAUUUACAAGAUUUAGCGGCUAUUUGGCAAUUUUAUUAAAUUUAGAUGUUGUUCCUGUAUGUAUACCUCUCGGAACAAAGUGAAAUGUGGUUACUUUGGGUUCACGUCCUAGAAUGGUCAAAAAGAAAGUGACAUUCCCGCUUUGUGGUGGGUGGAUGGCGAAGGCCUAGAGGUGAAGUGGAAUUUUCAAGAUCUUGCUUCAAACUCAAAGCGGUAAGCCUCUAGAUUCUUGAUUUGAUUAACCGUUGGAUAUCAAAUAACAAACUGGUCCCCUAGUCCGUGUAAACUAAUCAAAAUCUGCUUUUAUUUCUUGUUGUAUUCGAUGUUGUUUGACAUUCUCGUCCCUAGACGCCGCGAUUCUUCUCAUGAACACCAGCAAUCACGACCUCUCGCCGGACCCGAUAUUUUUUUACAUGCCCAUGUAUUCGUGUUGUCUUCUGAGCCAAUCAGAUUUCUCCAAUUUGACAGAAAGUCCGUGAAUUGAAGAUUUCCAGUGUUGGCCCCGCCCAGAGUUCUCGUUUCUUUGUGAUGACCGAAAGCAUCGCGACCUCUGGGAAGAUUGAGAAGAUUCCGUCUAAAGCCGGAAAGCAAUUAUAAAAUGUACCUCGUCUCAAGCUUAUUAAGCUAUAUAAAAUGGGUAAAGCACUCGCGAAGAACUGUUUGGAGUGGGGGUUUCAUUUCAUUUCAUUAAUCUGAAAACAUUCUCAGACAUUCCUCUGUGCAAUGAUCAAUAACCACAAUAAACGUAACCUGAUUUCUCUCAACUAACAGGGCUGCAAACGUUUUGCGGACCGCUGCCAACAUCAAGCCAGGAGACAGAGUAAUGAUUUUAGUGCACAGAAUUCCCGAGUACUUGUUGGUUCAACUAGCGUGUAUAAGGACAGGUGCUGUAUUAGUUCCUGCCCCAGCAAAUAUUGGACCUUCAGACCUUCACAGGAGAAUUUCAGCGUGUAAACCCGCGUGUUUCGUGGCUGGUGGUGGCGUCAUUGAAAAUGAUUUGCUGAAUGUUAUCGAUCAGUUUUCCAGUUCAACUCAAAACAAAGUCAAGUGUAGAUUGAUGGUCAACAGAAUGAAAGAAACGAACAGAGUUGGCUGGCUGUCUUACGAAGAACUAUUUCGAGAGUCUUCUAAUGAACACCAGGCAAGUUUUAACAAUCUCACUCAUAUAGAUAUCUUAUGGCUUCAGAUUAAAUGUUUAUAACCCUUGAAAAGCACAAUUUCCUGUGACAUUCCUGUCGCACAACUGGGAGGUUUGAGCCCAAUCAUGGUGUGUAGGUUGAUUUAGGACCUCCUUUCAAUGUAAAGUCUGUGUCGGGGCAAAGUGUCUCAUCUUGCCGGGGCUUAUUCCAAAGAAAACCUUUGUUUUAGCUUGCCUGAGGAUCUGUUUGUAGCGUCAACAAGCACGAUAAGUAAGUAGGUAAAUCACAUACAAAAUUCCACCUAUUAGUAGAAAUACAUGAGGUGCUCAUCUUACAAUAUUAGUUAGCUUCUAGAUAUGAGAGAGCUAAGAGGUAGACCGCACGUCUUGUGGAAGAACUUCCAAAUGUUGGAACCACCUCGCUCUAAAGUUACGCACCUCUCAAUCUGUAGGGAUAGGCAUUUUACUCCUUUCUUAGAUUAUUAUUAUUUUUGGAUUGAAUAUUAGAGGUGAUAAGCACUUACCAUUAUUCAGAGGGCCACGGGUGCUUUAUUUUUGCAAAUUAUUAUGUGCUACCUACUUUAAGUAAAGUUGAUUGAUUGAUUGAUUGAUUUUAUUUUCCCUUCGGAACACCGCCUCACAAGAAAUCAUGCCAAUGCUAUUGUCCUAUUCUUGUAUUCCUUAGUCGGUCGAGUCGUUAAGUUCUACGCCUAUUACUAUAGUCUUCACCAGUGGAACAACAGGGAAAUCAAAAAUGGUCGAGAAGACACAAGGAAGCUGGGGCUUUCGACACCGUGCAGGCAUGGAAAAGUAUGUC